AUGCCCAGCCCGGUGCUAAAGCAGUUUUCCUUCCUGACUUCUUUAGUCCUCUUCCUGAAAGGAAUUCACCUCUUAACCCUCUUCCCCCAAGGGCUCUGCCAGUCUGAGACCUCAGCUGACGAGGAAAAUGCCAGCAAGGACCCCGUCUCCGAUCCUGAACGGGUCAUUGCCCACUGCUUCAAGCAGUUCACGAAGGGCUUCCACCUGCCUCGAAGCCGCCGGCGGAUCAUCAUCUUCCCUCAAAAAGAGGAUCCCAUACCCAUCCAUCCCACGCCCCAGCCCCGGGCUCCCCUACAGCCCAUCUCCAGCUUCAAACCCCUGGAAGCUAGGGAUGUCCGAGAGCAGCCGGAGUACACAAAGACCUGGCUGAGCCAGAGGAUGAAGCUUCGUGAGGACCUGGAAACCUUCGGCAACUUAGAGAGGUGGCUGCAGAACAAGCCCAGCCUCACGCCUUCAGAGGCCAGCAUCUUACAGACGAUCCACAAGGAGCGCGAGGCCCAGCUGACUUCUGCCAGAGCCACCGAGAAGAAAGGCCCCCAGCCCCCCUGCCAACUGUCCCAGCUCCAACUGCCCAGGCCCUCCGCCCUGCCGGCCUUGUGCUCCUACCUGCGCAGCCACAGGAUCAAGAUCCUGGGGAUGUUGAACAAGGUGGCCUGCGGUGAGAACCAGAGGAUCUCCAGGGAGGACUUCACUGAGGCUCUGAAGGCGGUCAGAGUCCCUCUGACAGACCGGGAGGUGGAGGAUAUUGUCAUCUAUCUCAGCUCUCUGGGGACGCACAGCAGCAUCACCCUGCAUGCCCUGACCAACACGUACAUACAGUGGUGUUUGGCUGAGCAGAGAAGUGCCCUGCCAACUGGAAGGGAGAAGUAUAGAUCUGCUGAGCACAGAGUUUCCCCACAGAGUGCAUCUCAGAAGCAGAAGGGCAGUUUGGCCCCAGAGCCUCCGAGGGUGGAUCCACUAACUGUGCCCGUUGUCGAUACCCAGCUGGAGGCACGGCCCAUGACCCUGGAGGAGCUGGAGGACGUCGGCAAGCGGUGCCGAGAGAGGAGGCGGCAGAACAAGCUCAGGAUCCCCUCCGUUGAGUACACGGAGCAGUGCCACCUGGUGCACGGUGGGAAUAAGCGCGUUGACGACCACUGCCUCCCGUCCACCAUCCAGGGGGAGAUGAACGAGCUCAUCAACAAGUCCCGCGUGAACGACCUUCUGGUCUACCUGAAGUGCCAGGAGCUCUGUGGGUACUAUGGCCUCCUGGUGACAGAGGACACCCUCAUGAAAGCCCUGCUGUACCCGGGACACAAGAUCCUUUUCCAGAAGGACCCGGUGUGCCGGAUCCGGCAGCCUGGAGGCUACUACUCGGACUUGAAGAGCUUCAGCCCAAAUCUGGGCCUGCGCAGGCCCCAGGGCCGCAGUGAGCCUGCGGCUAAGACGACUGACAAGCUGAGUGUCAAACCCCCUUCUUCCCCUGCCAUUUGCUCCUGCCCCGCUGCUGUCCCCUUGGCUGAAGGGGCUGGGAUGCUGACAGACAUGGGGUGUCACGUUGUGCCAGUGUCUGUGUCCUAACCCUGCAUGUCCAACCCAACUGGUCAUCAUGGACUGGCCAGUCCCCAGUGUCACCCUGGCGCAUGUCUCAGGCUGCAGCCUCCUCACUUCAGCUCCCCCACAGCUACCCUCCUGACCAAUUCUGACACGAU